AACGAAAUUUUAACUAUGGCUACGGAAACCACAAAAAUGAUUUAUCAACCAGCCGAUAUCAAAAUGGAAGUUGAAAUCGGCGAACCGGCCCAACCGCCUGUAAAAUGCUCGAACUUCUUUUCAAACCAUUGGAAGGGCCUCGUGGUCUUUCUUGUGCCUUUGCUAUGCCUGCCCAUCAUGCUGUUAAAUAAUACACCUGAAUAUCGUUGCAUGUAUCUUUUGGUUGUAAUGGCCAUAUUCUGGGUGACAGAAGCAUUGCCACUCUAUGUUACCUCAAUGAUGCCAAUUGUAGCGUUUCCCAUAAUGGGCAUAAUGAGCUCCGAUCAGACGUGUCGUUUGUACUUUAAGGACACGCUAGUCAUGUUCAUGGGUGGCAUUAUGGUUGCAUUGGCUGUCGAGUAUAGUAAUUUACACAAACGUCUCGCUUUGCGAGUCAUUCAAGUGGUGGGCUGCAGUCCCAGAAGAUUACAUUUUGGCAUGAUUGCUGUAACUAUGUUCCUGUCCAUGUGGAUAUCGAAUGCUGCAUGCACGGCUAUGAUGUGUCCCAUUAUUCAGGCGGUAUUGGAGGAGCUCCAGGCUCAGGGUGUCUGUAAAAUUAAUCAUGAGCCGCAAUAUCAAAUUGUUGGUGGCAAUAAGAAAAAUAAUGAGGAUGACCCACCAUAUCCCACAAAGAUCACGACAUGCUAUUAUUUGGGUAUUGCCUAUGCCUCAUCAUUGGGUGGUUGUGGCACAAUUAUCGGUACUGCCACGAAUUUAACCUUUAAGGGCAUCUAUGAGUCACGAUUCCCCAAUUCGACGGAACAAAUGGAUUUCCCAACAUUUAUGUUCUAUUCGGUGCCAUCAAUGUUGAUCUAUACAUUCCUUACAUUCCUCUUCCUGCAAUGGCAUUUCAUGGGCCUAUUCCGUCCCAAGAGUAAAGAAGCCCAAGAGGUGCAAGCCAGCAAAGAUGGUGCCGAUGUGGCAAAGAAAGUGAUCGAUCAACGUUACAAGGAACUGGGACCAAUGUCAGUGCAUGAGAUUCAAGUGAUGAUAUUGUUCAUAUUCAUGGUUAUUAUGUACUUUACACGUAAACCGGGCAUCUUUCUGGGUUGGGCCGAUUGGUUGAACACAAAGGAUAUUCGUAACUCAAUGCCCACCAUAUUUGUGGUGAUUAUGUGUUUCAUUUUGCCAGCCAAUUAUGCCUUUUUGCGUUAUUGCUCUCGUCGUGGCGGUCAAGCGGUGCCAACGGGACCGACACCUUCUCUAAUUACCUGGAAAUUCAUUCAGAGCAAAGUGCCAUGGGGUCUGGUGUUUCUACUCGGCGGUGGUUUCGCUUUGGCCGAAGGCAGCAAAGUUAGUGGCAUGGCCAAAUUGAUUGGUAAUGCUCUGAUUGGUCUCAAAGUGUUGCCACAUUCUGUGCUCCUGCUGGUGGUUAUUCUGGUGGCUGUAUUUCUAACUGCAUUCAGUUCAAAUGUGGCCAUUGCCAAUAUUAUUAUACCAGUACUGGCGGAAAUGUCACUGGCCAUCGAGAUUCAUCCGUUGUAUUUGAUAUUACCCGCUGGCCUGGCCUGCAGUAUGGCCUUCCAUCUGCCUGUGAGCACACCGCCCAAUGCUUUGGUUGCUGGCUAUGCCAAUAUUAGAACAAAGGAUAUGGCAAUUGCUGGCAUUGGUCCCACCAUUAUCACAAUUAUCAUCCUAUUCAUAUUCUGUCAGACAUGGGGUCUGGUUGUCUAUCCAAAUAUCAACACGUUCCCCGAGUGGGCACGUCUGGCGGCCGCAGCAGCUGCCAAUAAAACGCAUUAGUUUAAAUCUUUUAGUUUCUUCAUCCUUUUUUUUUUUUUUGUAUAGUCUUCUAAGUCAACUCACAAGAAAUGGUUCUUUUCUUUCUAUCCUUGCUAUCUUCUACUCCUUUUCCUUUCAUUCUUUAGUUUAUUUUGAUUUUGUUCCUUUCUAUUUCUUUUCUAUUUCUGUUUUUUGUGUUUCCUAGGGGGAUAAAUAAUGUGCCUUUUCCAUAUAAAGCAAAAUUCAUGUGUAGACAAAAAGCA